GUCAGUGUGGGUUGUGGCGUGGUUGCAGCAAGUUCAGCUCGCUCACUCUCUCUCUCUCUCUCUCUCUCUCUCUCUCUCUCUCACUCCCUCCAACUCUCUCCCGGUGUGGAAAUAAGAGAAGAGAGAAGACAAGUCUGGGAGGAAAGGAGAAGAGGAGAGAAACGAGCGAGUGACCUUGAAUAACCUCAACCAAACAAACCCAAAUCACCAUGACCUACCGCCGUCUGCUGCCUCUACUAGCUGCCCUCUCUGUGAUGGCGGCACCCAACAACCACCACCAUCACCACCACCGCCAAGGGAACACCACUAACCUGGGAGAUAAUUACGAGUUUAUCUGUGAGUACCUGGCGAGUGGCUCCAUCCCGGUGGCCAAGUACAGGAGCAAGAGGACGGGUCUACAUAUCGUGUUGGCAAGAGUGGAGGGCCCGCUUGUUAAUGGUUACUUCACUUUAGCGACAGAGGCCCAUGAUGAUGAUGGCCUCCCACACACCCUAGAGCAUUUAAUCUUCCUGGGCAGCGAAGAAUAUCCGUACAAAGGAAUUCUGGACCUCUUAGCCAACCGCUGUCUUGCCUCAGGAACCAAUGCGUGGACCGAUACGGACCACACAGCCUAUACAGUUCAAACAGCAGGCAGUGAAGGCUUCCUCAACCUGCUGCCUAUCUACCUAGACCACCUGCUGUACCCUACCCUCACUGAUUCCGCCUUUACCACAGAGGUCUACCACAUCACUGGGGAGGGGGAGGAUGCAGGGGUGGUGUACUCGGAGAUGCAGGGGCGAGAGAACACUGACGGAGAUAGAACACUGAGAGCUCUCCUGCGUGCCAUGUAUCCUGAAGGCAGUGGCUACCGCUCGGAGACUGGCGGCAUUAUGAAGAACCUGAGGGAAAGUACCUCUAAUGAGAAGAUCCAAGACUACCACAGGGCUUUCUACCGUCCCGAAAACCUCCACAUAGUCAUUACUGGCAUGGUAGGCGCUGACCAGGUGUUUGAAGCGCUGGAACCCAUUGAACAGAAGAUUAUCGGAAAGGGAGAGAGGCCCCCAUUUACCCGACCCUGGCAGACGGCCGUGCCGCCCCUGCAGAAGUCUGUGGAUGAGCUGGUGCUGUACCCUAGUGACUCAGAGGACACUGGCAUGGUGCUGGUCGCCUGGCGGGGUCCCUCCUCUGUCACCGAGAUCUCUGACCUGCUGAGUAUAUCUGUGUUGAUGGAGUACCUCACCCACUCCUCCGUGUCACCACUGCCCAAGAUCUUCGUAGAGGUGGACGACCCCUUGGCCAGCAGUGUCCACCACAGCUGCUUUGAGAACUCAGUGUCAACGUGCUACUUUGGCUUCUAUGGAGUGCCUAAGGAUAAGGUGAACAGUGUGAGCCCGCUGCUGAUGGACACGCUCACCAAGAUUGGCUCUGGUGAGAUGUCGAUAGAGAUGGACACUAUGAAGGACAUCCUCUCCAACCUCAUCCUUCUGCAGGACUCCAGCCUUGAGACCAUCCCCCAUGACACCAUCGCCAACAGUGCCAUUGGUGACAUCCUGUAUGGCAACUCCUGUCAGCACUUAGACAUGCGGCUGAACAAGAAGGCCUGGUACGAGACAUUGCUGAACCAAAAAUCCUGUCAGUACUGGGCGGACCUCCUGUGUAAAUACUUCCUAGAUGGUCACAGUGUGGUGGUGCGCGGUGUGCCCUCCAUGGCUGAGUCCGCACGGCUUGAAAAGGAGGAGAAGGUGCGUGUGGAAGCGAGAAAGAAGGAGCUGGGGGAGGAGGGGCUCAAGAUGUGGAAGGAGAAGGUGGAGAAGGCAAAGGAAACUAAUGAGAUCCCGCCUCCGAACCACAUGCUAGAGUUAGUGCCAGUGCCGGGAUUGGAUAGCAUUAACUUCCACCCCCUCACAGCGUACAACAACCACCUAGAGUCUUCUCCGCCUCCCUCCACCUCCUCCUCCAUCUCUGCUCAGAUCGGCCAACGCAUCCACUCACUCCCCAUUAAGUUCCAGCUGGAUGAUCUUCACUCGAACUUUGUGCUGAUGGCAGCGAUCCUGGACACCUCAAAAGUGCCCCCAGAGAAGCUUCCUUACCUCACACUGCUGCUGGACCUGAUAUUUGAGUCCCCAAUAAGCCGUGAUGGGACUGUGAUUCCCUAUGAGAAGGUGGUGAAGGAACUGGCCGCGGACACCCUAAGCCGAGAUGCCAGUGUGGGGCUUGUUCUCCGUGGCGGCAGCAAGUUCUCGUGUGGUUCUUUCUGCAAUAAUGUGGCUGUUGUUCUUAAGGUUGAAAUGGCCAAGUACAAGAAGGGGGUGCAGUGGCUGAAGGAAGCGCUAUACAAGAGUCAGUUCGUGGGUCAGAGGGUCAAGGUCAAGACCAACAAGCUGGUCAACUCCAUUGGUGACCUCAAACGCUCAGGACCCAAACUGCUUAACCUCAUGUUCAAUAAUAUCAUCUUCAGUAAUGACACCAACAAGAACCAGCAAAGCAUUCUGAAGCAGGAGAAAUUCUUGAACGCACUGCUGGAGAGAUUAGCAACAGAUGAGGAGGAGGUGCUGAGGGAACUAGAGGAGGUGCGGCAAGCGAUUGUGGCCCCAGAGAGAGUUACCAUCCACCUGGCCACUAACUUAGAGAAGCUGGCCGUGCACCUGGACCCAUUGGAACCCUGGACCAACUUUGCUAAGGGAGAGUUGUCCACCACUGGAAAGGAGAAAUUCCUCAAUGUGAUUCCUGACAGCUCAAUGCAGUCUUACGAGAACCUUGGCGAUUACACUGGCUUCCUGACUGGCGUAGGCUCAGUGGAGUCAGCCUACCUUGUACAGGCUGCCCGAAGCAUCACAGAGCAUAGAGACUGGGACCUGCCACCACUUCUGACCGCUAUACAGUACCUCACGCAGCUGGAGGGCCCAAUGUGGAAGGAGAUCAGGGGAAGGGGAUUAGCAUACUCUGCCAACCUCUAUUUGAAUCCUGCCCAAGGACUUCUAAUUCUCAAGCUUCUAAGGGCGGCUCAGCUUACCCGAGCUUAUGAAGAGGCCUUGAAUAUUAUCAACUCCCACAUUAACGGCACCACCAGCUGGGAGACAACCUUGCUGGAGUCCGCCCGCAGCUCUCUUAUUUUUGAGGUGAUAGAGAGAGAGGCUGUAGUGUCCGAUGUCGCCCAGCAGUCCCUCCUCUCCUACUUCAGAAAGGUGCCUCAGACGUACACCAGAGAGCUGAUAGACCGCAUCUCCAAGGUGACCCUUGAGGACGUGAAGCGUGUGGCCCUUAAGUACUUCACCCCUCUAGUGCGACCAGACUCCACCAAGACCGUCAUUGUGUGUCACCCCUCCAAUGUCCAAGAAACUGUGGCCGACCUGCAAAAGUUCGGACACAAGCUACAAGUGGUGGAGUCUCUGGAGGGCAGUAGAUUUGCGUAAUGGGUAAUGGAAGGGAAAGGAGACACCCAACCAUUACCAUUACUACUACUACCAUCACUACCACCAUCACCACCAUUACAUCAGUUGAGCCAAGGGUUGUGGGAGGAAAGUGCUACAGGUUAUAGUUUACAAGUAUUUUCUUUAAGGUUGUGUGGGGGAGGAGAGUUACCGAGUGUUAUUUAAAGUAUUGUUCUUGCCGUAUGGUAUAAUUACUGAGAUUCUUUUUUUUUUUUUUUUUUUUUUUUUUUUAACAUUUUUCAUCUUAUUCGUUGCUGUUUGCUGAUAAAAUUGCACUAGUUUUUCAUAUUUAGUUUUUUUCAUAUAUUUUUAAAUUUUAUUCAUAGUUUUUUUAUUAUUACAGGUUUAUUUAAUUUUUUUUCUAUUUCUUUCAUAUUUACUUUAUUUUCUGUUAUUAUUGUUACAUAUUUGCACUAGUUAUGUUUAUUUAGUAUUGCACUGUGCACAUUAUUAUUAUUAUCAUCAUUUAUGGCCUCUCAUCUCACUUAUUUCACUCUAUUCAAGUGUUUAUUUAUGCUUUCUUAUGAUUCUCUUUUAUUAUCUUAUUUUUAUUAUUAUUGUUAUUAUUAUUUUCAUUAAUGUUAUGUUCUAUCACUGUUCUUUCUCUAUCUGAAAAACUAGUAAUGAAAAAAUAGAUAAGAUUAUUUUUGUUAUUAUUAUUAUUUAUGUUAUCAAUUAUUUUUUUCUAUUAUUAUUGAUGUUUUAGUCCAUUUUGUCUUCAUUUCUGUUGUUUCAAAAAGUUUAGGUCAUUUUGUCAUUAUUUCAGUUAUAUCAGAAAGAAACAAGCACUGAAAAAUGGAUAAGAACGAUGUUUUUUUUUCUGUUAUUAUUGACAUUUCAGCUCAUUGUUUAACUAUUUCAUUUAUGUGUCAGAAAGUUUAGCUCACUGUGUCAUCAUUAUUUCAGUCAUGUGUCAGAAAGAUUGGCUCACUGUCACCAUUAUAUCUGUGUCAGAAGUUUCACUCAUUCCAUUAUUACUUCAGUUAUGUGUUACAAGGAUUAAUUCGCACUUAUGUACAAGAUAUGGGAUUUCUUUUCUAUCAGGCAAAACAAAAACACAAAAGAAACACAAAAAUCAACAAAACGCGUCUGUGCAUGAGAUAAACAUGUCACUCAUUUCAAACGCUGCCCAUCGGAACACAGUAGACAAGAAAUCCACUAUCUAUAACCAAAAUAUGAAGGAAAAACACCACAUAAACAAAACAUAGAAUUCCAAAAAUAUCCUUUUUUCCGACAUUAAAAAAGAAAAAACAUCAACGUAAACAACAAAAAAGAACUUAUUUCUCCAUGUUUUAUCUUUCAUUACCCACAAAAACACAGAAAAACAAACAGUUAUAUAUUUUUUUUUUCACUCACUUCCACUACAUAAAGAAAAACAUCACAAACAAACAAAUAGCCAUUCUUAAUUUAUCUCAUGAAAUGGAAGAAUGGAAGAAAAAAAAACAUCAAAAACAAAGAAACAAAUAGUCAAUCUUAAUUUAUCUCUCAUUAAACGGAAAAAAAAAAGAAAAAAAAAUCCGCUGAACAGU